AUGCAGGCGGUCCAAAAUGAAGUGUACUCUGGCAUGACGCACCAGCCGGUUCUUGCGGAAGCCUCCCAGGCCUUGUCGCUAAAGGCUCCCGUGCCCAAGAACGUCGCUUUCGAGCUGCUGUUGGACGAAAACUCCAAAGUUAGAGCGCGUAUUCCGAUGCGCGUUCAAAUAUAUCCCCAUGACACAACUGACUCAAUUGUGACCACGGUCAAAAAUUUCUAUGGCAUCUACGAUGGCACCGCCAGUGGGGUGAGCUUCGAGGACGAACAUGGAAUCACCCUCAUCGCAAGGUACGAGAAUCUGAAAAAUAACAUGACUGUCUACGUACGAGUGAUUCCCAUCCAACCAUAUGGUGAACACCUCUACGGUGGAUACUCUGUCGAGCGCAAGCGCCCCAGUCUUGGGGAGCCAUUUCAGAUGGAUGGUGUGGUACCAGGUGUGGAUCAACCAUCGCGGCCAUCUUCUCGCCCCGCUAGAAAGCGUAGCACUUCUCCAUCCAACCGCAGCCUUCAGAGUGCUUCUCGGCACAGACAGGGUUCUCGCAGUGGCAUUAAGAGUCGUGGCUCGAGCACCCAUGCCAACCUGGUCGACGAAGACAUGAUGAGCGAUAGUGAGGAAAGUUAUAUUCGCAAAUCUCGAGGCGAUACAUUUGCCAGCUCUGACAUCAGUAUGGAAAACAUACUGCAGGAUGGUCGCCGUAAAAGGCCAAAGUUUGAUAGCUCCGUUAGUGUUGCUCACUGCUCAUUACUGACCUGCGCUAACAAAUCUUCUUUUUUCAAGGAACUGCCACUUUUCGCUCCUCCCCAAGUUCCUCUCACUACCUCAACCUCUUCAAUCUCCCCUCAACGUCGAUCGAUAGGUCAAGAAGGCGCUGGCUCCCCCUUUGCUCGUCCUACUCACCGCCCUUACAAUUACCAGCAAGCGCUACCUUCGCCACAGAGCUAUGGUCAUAGCGAAUAUGGAGCUCAAUCGGGGCGCAAUACCAUAUAUGCCACUCCCGUCGUUCCAGAGCAUGCGCAUCGUGUGCCUCUUAGUUCGGGUGCGCGGGUAAGUGGGCCUGGUGUCCUGCCCACUCCAGACCCAACCAUUGCUAGCUGUAUCUCGGAUGAGGACGUCGCAAUGCAGCUGAUUCGUCUUGGUGAUGCAUCAAAUUUCUCACAUGGUCGCACAUCUGCCUCCACGCUGGACGAUGCCUUUAGCGGCGCUGCCGAUGCAGCCUCGUCGACUGGUAUCACCAGCGAAGGGGAAGACUUCAGCGAAGAAGAGGACGACUUGCCAGUUCGUCGCCAGCGGUAUGAUUCUAGCCCAAUGCUUCCCCCUGGGGCCAUCAAACGUCAACACAAGCGUUUGGAUGAUAUACUGCCCAGCGCAGAUAGUAGCGAGCAUAGCUCGGAUGGUCUAGAUGAUGGCCUCAAGAGCGAAGCUGAGGAUGAUACCUUGUAUAAGGAGUUUGCUCCUAAGGUAAAGAAGCCUAAAGCUAUCAAGCCUCGAAGCCAGAAGCCAAUUGUCAAACAGAACAAGGCCAAGACUUCCAUGCCAACUUCGCGCAAGCCCUCUGACAAGUCUGCCGGGCCUGUCCCACCUCUCAGCCCGAGCUCAUUGCGCAAAGUAUCGGGGUCAUCCGUCAAUUUUCAACACCAAUUUGGCGCUGAUGAAGAGGACCUGUCCACCAAGCCUCGCUGCCAGCGAUGCCGAAAGAGCAAGAAGGGCUGUGAUCGUCAACGCCCGUGUGGUCGCUGCAAGGACGCUGGUAUCGGUGUUGAUGGAUGCGUGAGUGAAGAUGAGGGUAACGGCCGCAAAGGUCGAUACGGACGUCAUAUGGGUGUCCCAGUCAAGAAAACAAACGACGGCGAUGAGGAAGAGACCUUCGACUUCCCCACAAUGCCAGACACCCCUCUGGUCUCUGCGGCCAUGGUCGAGAAGAACAAGAAGCGUAAACGCUAA